CCGGUGUCACUGCCCGGUGCCGGUGUCACUGUCCGGUGCCGGUGUCCAUGCCCGGUGUCGCCGCCGAGGGGCGCUGGCGGCUGGCGCGGGGGUCACGUGACCGCGAUGGCGCAGAGGUUCUGGGUGCUGAGGUGCUGCCGCUGCCGCCGCUUCCAGGGGCAGCAGGCGAAGCGCAGCGGGCGGUGGAGCUGCAGCGUGUGCGGCCAGCGGCAGGCCGUGCAGAAGGUUUAUGGGCAGGGCUCGGGGCUGGAGUGCAGGCGCCACGUCCAGAAGCUGAACUUGCUGCAGGGUGAAGCCGAGGAGGUGCUUGGUUGGACAUCUUGGUGUGUAGAAGACUCUGUAAAUGACAACAAAAAUAGACAAGCACAACAUGAGGGCAGCUCAGUCCAGCAGGAGGGAAGGACAGAAGGCAGUCGCUGGAGUAAAUAUCUGGACCAGGAGAGUGAGGAUCAGGAAGAUGACGAGGAGGAGGCAGUUCUGGAAAGGCAACAGUUCUGUUCCCAGAGAAAGAACACCGUGGGAGAACAAAGGAAACACCCUAAGUGCUUCCUCUCCCAUGAUGUUCCAGAGCAUGCAGAAGAAAGUGGAGUUUCUCAGCUCAUCUGUCAGGCCAAAAAAGUUAAAACCACUGAGCGCAAGAAGUGCUUUGUAGCAGUGCCUGAUGGACAGGAUGGAGAUGCUGGUUCUGGAGGCAGUGUGGCUCCUGCUGUCUCUGAGUCUGUAGUGCCUGCAAACACACAGCCUCCAACUGCUUGUACCAAACCAUCCAAGUGGGGAAAAUUCCUUUCAUUAUCUGACAGCUCUAGUGCUGCUGCAGUGACCAUGGCACUACAGGAGGGCAGUGGAGGUGUGGGACUGGACAGCACCACUGCUGGUGGGGCCUGGAGGUGCUCAGGACAGGCUCGAAGAACUCUGCCUCAGGGUACAGGUUUUGAAUUUAACAAGUGUGGUGCUAGCACUGAGGAUCUGGCUUGGAGAGUGCCCAGCAGGAGUUGCUCAGUUGAGGAUGAGCUCAGAAAAGCUCAUAGCCAGGUGCUAGGGGUGGGAUCUGCUGCAGACACCACUGCAGGAAUGUGCUGCUUGGAUGCCACAGGGAGGGCAAACACCUUUAACUCUAACCCUGGGCCAAAGCUGAGCAACAUUUCUUGCAAUCAACUCUUCUGCACAGGUGAUGAGUUUGAUGAUGAUCUCUGGUAAGUUCAAGGAGCUUUGGCAUGUCGUUCUUGUCUCUUAAUGCAUUUUAUGUGUUGUUUACUGAAGCAGUUUUGAACUAAAGGUAGUUUCAAAGCCACAGAGAACUGCACUGUUAAAGUUGUUUACUUGCAUGAGGGUUGUGUUUGGGGGAAAGGGACUGUUGCUCUCAGGUUACAGUGUUAUUCAGCAACCUAAGCAGCUAGAAAUAGGAAUGGAAGUAGGUCAGCUGGGGGAAGAGAGCUCCCAGGCUUUAGGGAUUCCUGGCGUGUAGAAUUCAAGUUUGUGAUUUAUUCCUCCUUACUAACUCCAGCUCUCUUUCCCCCAACUAUAUCUUUGUUGAAGCCUCCCAUAGCAACCCUUUCUUCCAGAGCUGUAAGGAAGCUCCCCAGUCAGUAAAGCAACUGGUUUUC